AUGCCAAUGUUACAGCUCUCUGCCGUCGUCAGUAGGGCACCUCACUAUUUGACACGAGCUUCCGCGGAGAAGAAAACAGAGAGAGAGAGAGAGAAAGACGCCGCUCCGAGGCCGUAUACGAUCUUCUUUUUGCGUUCUCCGCAGACUCUCCAACGGAAGUUGGAAGCACAAGUUGUGGCCGAGGACCCGUGUUUCGGCGUAACAGUUACGUCGCAGUCAUGGCCGUGCAGGUACUUCCACCCGGCCGAUUACUGCGUGCUGGUGGCCGUGCUGGGCCUCUCUUCGGUUAUCGGCAUCUACUUCGCCUGGAAGGACCGCCGCAGCACCAACAACAAGGAGUUCCUCGUGGGAAACAGACAGUUACAGGUGUUUCCGGUUACGAUGUCCAUGAUGGCGAGUUUCCUGUCGGCGAUCGCUAUACUGGGUGUGCCUUCGGAAAGUUUCAUUCAUGGCUCCCAGUACAUGGUCAACUUCAUCGGUGUCAUUGUCGGCAUUAUUUUGGCAGCCCACGUGUUUCUGCCAGUGUAUUACGAGAUGGACAUGAUCAGUGUGAAUCAGUACCUGGAGAGGAGGUUCCACUCUGUGCUCAUUCGAAAGCUUACGUCCGCCAUGACUACAUUCCAAAUGUGUUUCUACAUGGGAGUGGUACUCUACGCUCCCUCACUUGCACUCGGGUCAGUGACAGGCCUUCCUGUGUGGCUCUCCAUUGUACUGAAUGGAGGCGUUUGCGCCUUUUACACGGCAAUUGGGGGCAUCAAAGCCGUCGUUUGGACCGAUGUGAUACAGAUGGUGUUGAUGCUUACUGGGAUCUUCAUCGUCACCAUCCAGGGCUUGAUUAUGACGGGUGGACCUGCUGCAGUUUUUGACACUGUCGACAAACGUGGACUACUGGAGUUUUUUGACACGAGCUUCGACUUUCAGAAGACCUUCACCUUCUGGAACGUGGUCAUCGGCAGCUCUAUCACCUGGAGCAUGGGAUUCUGCACCAACCAGAGCAUGAUACAGCGCUUCUGCGCCCUCGGUUCCAUUCGCAAGGCACGCACGGCGCUGUACAUCAACAUGCUGGGCGUCGCAGGAAUGAUGACGCUAGCUGCGUUCUGUGGCUUGGUGCUUUUCACGCUCUACGAGCAGUGCGACCCCGUCAAGGCAUCCAUUAUUAACAAAUAUGACGAGUUGAUGCCGUACUUUGUGAUGGAUACAUUGGAUUACCUGCCCGGCAUAUCUGGACUCUUCGUCACAGCCGUCUACAGUGGAUCACUCAGCACGAUGUCGUCUGGCUACAAUGCCUUGGCUGCCAUCACGUGGGAGGAUUUCUUAAAACCGAAGCUGAAGCUGUCACCGAGAGGUGCCAUGUGGACAACGAAAGCAAUCGCUGCCGGAUACGGUCUCCUCACGCUGGUCAUUGCAUUCCUCGCCGGUAGCCUGCCUUCCAUCCUCUCGGCCACUUUUGUCACAACUGGAUCCUUCGGAGGUGCCUCUGGGGCCACAUUCUUCGUCGGUCUCCUAUUUCCAUGGUGCGGAAGCCGGGUUGCUUUACUGUCCAUAGUCGCGGGCAUGGGACUGUCCUUCUGGGUGGCCAUCGGAGGCAUACUGUAUCCUGGAAAACCAGUGGCUGCCCGCACUACACUCGAGGAGUGCACGUUCAACUACACUCUCAGAGUGCCCCCUCAACGGACUUACUACUCCGGGGGCAUUUACGAGUUGUACCAUGUGUCCUACAUGUGGAUUCCCGUCAUCAGCUUCCUUACCACUUUCGUCGUAGCGGUCCUUGUUACGCUACUCUGUGGUCUCAAGAACUCAGAUGAGGUUGACCCAAGCUUAAUAGCACCGUUCAUGAGGAAUCUGUACCUCUCGACGAAGACGAAAGCGCACAAGGAACAAAAAUGUGGUCUUGCGAAGGCGGAGAAACCGCAGAAACUCCGCGAGAGCGUCGGCAUUUCGAACGGCCACGUGAACUACGCCAUGACCAAUGACGAUGGCACACAACACACCGCCAUGUAGGAAUCCAAGGAUACCUAUUAUACGGCGGCAAAUUAUUUCCGUCGUUUGUGUACUCCAAAUUGUGGGCCUUGAAUUGAAAAUGUAUAGGGAUCUUGAAAUGGCUCCGCAAGUCCUGCAGCGGAGAUUGUACAAACUAUAGAGAUGUCAUUCAAGGCUGUCGUUUUCUAGACGCCAACCAAAUGCGAUGGGGCAUGUGCCAUCGGAAUGCGCGGAUAAUGGAAGAGGACCAACAGGAAUGUCGUCACUUGCUACGAACUAGAUUCACGCAAGUGAUUCGAUUACGCUUCCUCGCGUCGCCUCCGGCAGACCUAUAGAGAUGUCGCGUUUGAAGCCCUACUAUUUACCUCACUUUAUUUCGCAACGUAAUAAUUUUGCAACGUAAGUAUUGUAAGGUUUCUGUUGUGUGAUUUCUUGUUUUCUAAGUGAUAGUUUUACUUCUUGCUUUUAAACGUGCAUCAUCAACCUCAAACUGUUUCGUGCUCCAUCUUUGAGACAUGCAGCUUACCUUCUGCCAUAGGAGUAGCACUUGGUGCGUGCGCUAGAAGAUUGCUGUCACGCUGAGCAACAAGUCGGCCAACAUAGUCCACAGAUAACACGUUGUACGCGGUCCUUUUGUACACAAGAUAUAGUAAAUAUACGUGUUUUCGUUGUGUAUGACAACAAUGGUUAGUGCUUCAAUGCACCGCGGCAGUACUAGUUCCGCGUGAUAGUGCCCUAAUGAGUGUUGUUAGAAACUGGUCGGCAUUUUAAAACACCUGCGAUAUGUGACCCGCUACUCCUUUAACGCGAGAGAAUGUGAGCCUCAACUGCUCGUCUCUAGCAAGUGAAAAAAAAAAAAUGAUAAAUAUGUGUGAAGCCUGGUUGAGUGACAUUCGAACAGGGUAGCGUUCAAAACAGCAAGGGACAUCACGAGGACGCUGAAGCUUCAUUUAGUUUGUUUUUGUGCCGUGUAUGUUUGUUUGAUGCAUUCGUCAUAUGGAGUGGUUGCACUAACAACCAACCUGCCCUUGAUAUUCAUUUGCUUCGCCCGUGACUUUAAAACAUAGCACGAGAAAAACACUUCCAAGAAGUCCCCCUCCUCUCCUCUGAAGAUUGAUCUUCCUAUAUUCUCUUCAGUUUUCCGUCUGGUGCAAACUUUACCUCCGGCCUUCUAUGAAAUGGAAGGGCGUUGUCAUUUGUUAUUUUCUCACCACUCUCUUUAGACCAGAGUGCAACUAUCCUACCAUCAGAACAGAAGGCGAACGCAGUGACACCUCUGAACACUGAAACAGUUUGCCUGUACGCGUAUGCCGUGAUUUUUUCGCAUUGAUAUCAGAUCGCUCAAAUUCAUAAGAACCUUUUCAAACACUCUCUUCGAACCGCCUCUCAUGCGGCUUUCGUGUAUGCUUGCUUUAUUACCCACGUAAUAUCUUCUGAUGUAUUGCGUGGUUAUGAACUGCGUUGAAGCAAAGGUCAUAAAGUUAAAGAAGUCAGGGGUCAGCGGUUAUGGUCAUGUCGCAUAGAAAACAGGAUACACGCGGCAAUGUGCGGAUCACUGGGACCUCACGCAGUUACGUUUUUUUUUAUGUUUCUCAUUUUCUUUUAUCGGGAAACGCUGGCGCUCAAUGCUAUGCACGAAGGCGCGCUUUCUGGUAGAAACACGGCCUCUUGCGUGAGUCGAUCUUCUGUUAUUGUUUCGCACUUUUAGUAUUUCAGUUUGAGACGACUUAACAUAAAAGGCAUGUGCUGUCAGUGUUUCGUUCCAUGACAUUUGUUUGGGGGCUGUCAUUCUCAAAAUUCCGAGGAAUAACUUUGUAAAGAAUGUAAGACAAAUUGUGAGCAGCUUUCGUGUUAAAAGUAUUUAGUGUCUACGGAGGGCCUGCGUUGUGGUUCGGAAUGUUUUUUCGCCAAACGACGGUCGGCGCCAACACCGGAGUUCUUGCGACACGGGGCCUUUAACGCUAUCGCGUUCAUAAUCGUAAUUUGCAGGUGCACACAACAACUUUAACUGGAGGUUACCGCUGCCUUACCAAAUGUCAGGUGCGAGUUCUCAGCUUUUUCACUGCUGCCACGACAUUUGAAGAUUCGAUAGUACUAAUGACUUGCGUUUGGCUAGAGAGACCGUGCAGUUGUAGGAGUUAGAUGUGGUUCUGGUUUGUGUAACUUUCACUUAACAAGCCCACUCGUGUUUUGUUACGAUCACGAUCAACAGCCGAACUAGCGCUAUGUCACCGAGUUUCAGAGGGCAUUCUGCACUUGCUUCCGACACAAAGUAGGAAGACUGCGAGCACAUGCCCAAAUGCGUUUCAAGCAGCGAAAUUCCAAAACAGUUUGCGACACACAACUCAGUUACAUGAGAUUCGAUGACUCCUUUGAAGCCAUUAGCAAAUCUGCCUGUACAUGAGUAAAGCGUCAUCACAGAUGCUGCGCUAAAGCUUGUUAUGCAACAAACAACGCUAAUUAAUUCGUCCGUUCACAUUUGUUACGCUAACCUUUGUUUUAGUCAAACGCGGCGGUGCAUUUACUUAUCGAAAGUCGAGACGUUCCGUAAUGUGUUCUUGUAGCUUGCAGUUUUUAAUUACUUACUGUCACUCACACAUCCGCAUUUCCAGACAUCAUCACAUCAUUUGGGAAAGUUGGUGUAGUGUAGGACUAGGGGUAUCGAUGCAGCUGCGGUUCAGGCAUUGUGCCUUCGCCGCAAGACCUUUACUGAGUGCUUUAAGAGCGAGUUUCCAUUACCUAGAACACGCAUGUACUUAACAUAGCUAACAAAGAUUUUCGGGAUAGCCUGUAAGACACCGCCAUCCGAAUGGAAGCCUCGAAGCUUUUACACAAUAUCUCAAUAAUUGCCCUUCAACUAGCUCGUUUGGUCAAAACAUUUCAUAGUUCGCAAAGACUAAACUGCUAAACCAUGUAGCCACUUCACUUGUACGAAAUUGUUCGCUACUUUUAAUGUCCCCAAUUACGGUUUACAUGUUUGACGUGCCAGAAUACAAACUUGUCCUUACACCUCAUUCAAUCAACAGAAAUAAACAAACGUAAAGCAACUACACCCAUGUUGGCGAAAAAUAUUGGCGUUUGUUUGAUUUCGUUACGUUGUUUCCUGUACAGUCAACAUAUACGUGUGUAUUCAUUUCACCGAUUUUGUUCAGUCUAGAUGGAUAUUAAGGUUUAUUCAUAUUUAAGCUGUAAGUUCAUCUGCUAAGUUAGUUCAAGUUGUCACAAACCAUGCUUUGUUCAUUAUUCUACUCAAUGUCUUACAAUAUGAUCUGCCAAGCAUAAGCAUUACUGAUAAAACAAUUAUACUAUAUUUACACCCGCUCUGAAAUGCUGCAAUGAAUUGCAAUUACAAGCACUCUCAAGUGAUCUCUUGCAUACCAAAGCGAGUGUUUUGGAUUGAAACAGGCUACAACUACAGAUGUAUAGCACCUAAUGCAUUUGCACCUAAUGCAUUUGGUAUGUAAAUUAAAUACGUCAACAAUUUUUUAUUCUAUUGAAUUAUACCUGUUUAUUGUUUAACUGUUUUAGUGAAUAUAAGUAUUGUUUAUAGUAAAAUUUUGAAGUGUUUUAAACAUCCACCACCUAACCCUGCUAUCGUCUGUAUUUUUUUGUUGCUGUUGUUGGAAAGUGGUGAGCUUCUGCCGGUUGUUCAUUCGGACUAUGCCGUAAAUCGAGCCUUCCAUCUAUGUGCGAAUAGUCCUUGUGUAUAUAUGUAUAGUUUAUAUUUACACUGAAAAAUAAAGACGGUGCGGUUGUUUCA